UCCAAUCACACGAGAGGUCGUAGGGAUGAGGAAGACGCUGGUGUUCUACAGGAACAGAGCUCCCAAUGGUAUCAAAACGGGUUGGAUCAUGCAUGAGUUCCGCUUGGAGACCCCACACAUGCCUCCAAAGGAAGACUGGGUUUUGUGUAGAGUAUUUCACAAAAGCAAAUCAUCAGACGACGACAGCAACGAUAUCAGUGCCAAACUCAUGUUAGAUUCCAUUUCAUCUCAUUCAUUAACUCCGGCCUCUUCAUCUUCUCCAACCAACCAUACCUUCCCUCUCGUCGGCUACAACCAUAUUUCCUCUUCGUCUUCCUCGAUCCCCACCUUCAUUCACCAUGACAAUACUACUCAAGCCAACCAUUAUCAUCAUUCUAAUUCUCUCGUCAACUUUCUUCAAUUUUCUCGGGAACAAACACGGCCGCCACCAGCACUGUUACUCAGGAUCAGAUCAGCCCCAGUAGAGGGGGGGAUGAUGGGGUGGCUUCUUCUGGGACAUGGGCCUCGAAGAUAAUA